UUAAAAGUGAUAGUUCUGAAGAUGAUAUGAUAUUUGACUAUGAUAAUCUUACAAUAAAUAAAGAAAAUGAUGAGUUAAUUGGAAAUGAUGAAUUUAGAGAGAAGGAUUACAAUAAUUGGGAUAAUAUUAAUUUUGCUGAU